AUGAUACCACUCCAUCUCUGCUUUCUUCUAGUCCUUGGCAUGGUGUGUCACGGCCGUGCCGUUUCCAGCACGGCCAAUGCAUAUGUGCCGUGCAACAGCUCAAUAGCCGAGUGUAAUGAAGAAGAGUAUGAGACUUUGAUGGAAUCCGAGAUAAGUAGAAGGUUUCUUGCAGAUAAGAAGUACAUCUCACCAGGGGCUUUGAAGCCAGACCAACCCGUAUGCAAUGGUGGUGCUAAAGGUGAAUCUUACAGCAAGAGCUGUCUGCCGCCUCCAUCUAACCCUCGAACCAGAGGUUGCCCUAAAUAUUAUCAUUGCAGGGAUGAUUCAUGA